UCACGUCUCUCCUCAAAGCAAAAUUCUAUGAAUCUCUGAGAACUGGUAGAACGCUUUCAGAGAAGGGAGAACGGUCAGAUAGCAAGACCUCCUCAACACUUAGUAGAGUAAGCCCCCAGCACCCCGUUGCCGGCCUUCCAGGGCCAGGACUGUCUGUCGUCUUCCUGGGCUUUCCAUGACGUGGGUCCGCUUCAUGACCGAGGAGGUGGGUAAAGCGACGACGUUUCCUGUCCCUGGGGGAAGGAGUGAGAGGAGAGAUGAGCUGCUGGCGAGUGUGCACCUCUCUUGAGAGCACCCACACCUGCCUCUAUGGAGUUCUGCUUGGCUCAGACAUGCCCCCAAGGGAAUCAUGAAGCCCCCUGCCCCACCUUCAGCACCUUCCAGCCCAUGAACUUGACCCAGGGGAGAUGCCAGGGCCUGAAUUUGGGGAGCAAGCCCAGCAUGCAGGCUCUGAAGGAACAGGAGGUUCAGCUGAGCCCCAGGGCCACACACACGGUGGCUCCUGCCUCAGCCCCAGGAGCCGCCUGGGUCCUAGGGAAUGCUCACAAGGAGGAAGAGGUACCUGGGAAAGGAGACCUGUCGCUGCAAGCUGAGACCCGAGCAUGGGUCCAGAAGACCCAGGCCCACUGGCUCUUGCUCAGGACCGCCCCUGUUUGGUUCCACGGCUUCAUCACCAGGAGGGAAGCCGAGAGGCUGCUGCAGCCUCAGCCUCAAGGAUGCUAUCUGGUGCGCUUCAGCGAGAGCACGGUGACCUUCGUGCUAUCCUACAGGAGCCGGACCUGCUGCCGUCACUUCCUCCUUGCCCAGCUCGGGGACGGGCGUCACGUGGUGCUGGGCGAAGACAGUGCGCACGCGCAGCUUCAGGACCUGCUUCAACACUACACAGAGUUUCCCCUCAGCCCCUAUGGGGAGACGCUCACCCAGCCCCUUGCCCGCCAGACAGCCCAGCCGGCUGGACUUUCCCUGAGGACCGAAUCAGACUCUGGAAGCAAAAGACAGGACGAUCCAGACAGCCAGAGCAGCCUGCUCAUCCAACAGGGGCAGGCCCAGGCCCCAGCACACAAAGAGGAAGUGUGGGCCUCCCAAGCCAAGGAGACUUCACAGGGAUCCAGACCCAGGCCUCCCAUCCCAGCCAAGCCUCAGCUUCCUCUUGAAGUCUAUACGCGUCCUACUUCCCGACCCCAUCGGGCUCUACCCGUUCACCCCAUCUACCAGGAGCCUGAUGAACCCAUAGCCUUCUACGCCAUGGGGCGGGGCAGCCCUGGAGAAGCCCCCAGUAAUAUCUACGCUGAGGUAGAGGGGCCAUCAGGAGUGGCACCCACUGGGCACCCCAUCCUCCAGAAGUGCUGGUCCAGGCCUGUCUCAGGAGGCCAGGCAAAGGCGGUACCAGGGAAGAAAAGUUCAAGAAGGCCAGCAGAAAGAGGGAGCCCCUCCUGAACAGCAGGGCAAGGUGAAGUCGGCGGGCUGAAGAGGAAUGGAGUGGUCCAUGCGGCCGGAAACCUUGGCCCAGCUCCAGGCCUGAGACUGCUCUGUCUGCUCUCCUGGACAUUCCCACGGGCUCACCUUUGCCAAGCCCUACCUGCCCCUACUUCAGAAAAAAAAAAUUAAGGGAGACAGGGUUCCCUCAACCUUCCUCCUCCCAGCCUGCCUCUUGACUGUCAGGCCUUCCUCAAACAGAGAGACACUUGGAAUCCCACUUGUCACCCCCAGGGGACUCAGGAAGUGGCCACUGCACCCCUGUGCUCACCCCUUUCAGGCUCCCCACUGAGAGUUUCAGUCACAUCUGGAAGUGGUAUUGUGAUGCCAUGAGUCAGACUCCCCAUACUUCAGGUCCUUCCUCAGACUUCCUCUCUGCGGGCA